AUGAUGAUUAAAUCAAAUUAUCUGCUAAAUACGACAACUUCUUCAUCAUCAUCCACUUUAGUAUCUAAUGAUAAAUCAUCAUCAUCAUUGAAUAUUAUCAUAUCGGAUAAUGAUCGACAAUAUAAAGAACCAUUAACUACUAUUGAUGAUUAUAAUAAUCAAACAACAUCUGGUAUUACUGUUAAAGUUUUUAUCGGUGCUUUUGUCGUUUUUUUCACUAAUUCAUUUGCUUCCGGUUAUAAUAUUGGUGUAGUGAAUCUUCCUGAACAAAUUUUUAAAACAUUUUUCAACAAUACUUUAAAUCAUAAUCGUAUUGUGGAUCCAUUGGAUUCGAAUCAAAUUGAAUUAAUAUGGUCAUUAGCAGUUUCAGUACUAAUCAUUGGUGCAAUGAUUACAUCGAUCAUCACUGGCUAUCUAGCUAAUCUAUUCGGUAGACGUGGUGUCAUAUUUCUAAACAUUAUGAUCGGUUUAAUAGCCAUGUGUUUAACAUGGGGUUCCAAAUAUAUGACAAACGUUCCUAUGUUUAUGGCCGGUCGUUUAGUUGCCGGUUUCCAUACAGGAAUUGCAUCCAGUAUUGUACCAAUGUAUCUGAUGGAAAUAUCACCAAAAAGUUGUUCAUCAUUAUUAGGCACAUUACAUGUGAUGGGCCUAAAUGGUGGUCUAUGUUUUGCACAAAUUAUGGGUUUAGAAAGCAUUCUUGGUACAGCACGAUCAUGGCAAUUAUUAUUCUUUGUCAAUGCAAUGUUUAUCACUGUUGGAUUGAUUGGCCUGUUUUUUAUGCCAGAAUCACCGGUAUAUUUGUUUGUCAUUAAAAAACGUGAAGAUUCAGCCAUACGUGUGUUAGAACAAAUCCGUAAAUCACCAAUGGAAGUAGCUGAUGAUUUGUCUAAUCUACGACGUGAACAAAAAUGUGAAGAAGGCAAUGGCAAUAAUUCAUUAUUACAAUUAUUUAAACAAUCACAAUUUCGUAAAAGUUUAUUAAUCGUUUGCCUAUUACAUGCUGGACAACAAUUAGUCGGUAUCAAUGCUGUUUUCUAUUAUUCUACAAAUACAUUUCAUGGUGUCGGUCUAAGUCAAAUACAAAGUCAAUAUGGAAGUAUCGGUUGUUCAUUGUUGAAUACAUUAUGUGCAAUUCUAGCAUCACGUUUAUUGAAAUCAUUUUCUUCACGUACAAUGCUAUUGGUCAGCACUGUCGGUACCAUAAUAGGACUAUUGAUUCUUCCGAUCUCAAUGUCAUUUAAUGAUCAAUUUCAAUGGCUCAACUAUGUGACCAUAGCCAUGAUGUUUUUUUACGUUUUCAUGUUUGCCAUUGGUCAAGGUCCGAUUCCAUUCAUGAUUGGUGGACAAAUGUUUGAUAGAGCGGCAAUGAGUACCGGUUUGAGUAUCGGUGUGUUUAUCAAUUGGUUUUGCAAUUUUCUAGUCGCAUUCGCUUUUCCAUUGCUGGUCAUCCAGAUUAAUCAAUUUGUAUUUUUCAUAUUUCUUGCAUUCGAUGUUCUUUUAUUCAUAUUCAUCAUAUCCAUGGUACCAAAAGCUGAUGAUCAAUCUGAUGAAAUUGGAAAAAAACCAUUGGAAAAUUCUAUAUCCGAAUGACGUAGACGGUACAUUGAACUUUGAUUAUUCACGAUAAAUGAUUUCCUUGAUAUAUAUACAUGAUGAUCAUUCAAAACCAAAAAAAAAAAAAAAAAAAAAAGAAAGAUCAAUCGAUAUAAUCGAACUACUACUACGUACAUGAAAUGAUUUUUUUUCUCUUCGUUUUUUUUU